UCGAGUCAACUCUCCGCCACAGAUAUUCACAGAUGACGUCCCUAGAGAGAGACAGUGGAGUAGACGAAGGCUGGAUCGAGGUCGGUCUCACUUCCAAGAACAGCGUCAGUGUCCAAACCAACGCUUUGAUACCCAGUCACAGAGGCAGUCAAACGGAGGCGGCGAACGAACGAUCCAAUGUCAUCACAGAGAACAAACCUGUGCAAACCGAGAAUGUAGAAAAUUCCAACAACGAGGUUAUGAGAGAAGACAAGUCUGUACAGACUGGUGUCGAGGAAGACGAGUACGAGAAACAUCCGAGACCAGUGGACGAAUGUGUUGCUCUGUACAAACAAAAGGGUUCCGCAGAAGUACUGAGUGAUUCAGAGGUACGUGCUCUAGUCAAGACCGGCUACAUUCCCACGUAUCAGAUUGAGAAGGCAGUCAACAACCCCGAGAGAGGCGUUGGCAUCAGACGACAGAUCGUUGGUAUCGCAGGAGACUUUGCUCAUGCGCUGGACGAACUGCCCUACCGUGAUUACGACUACAACAAGGUGCUGGGAGCCUGUUGUGAGAACGUGAUAGGCUAUGUGCCAGUCCCAGUGGGGGUGGCUGGGCCACUACUGCUAGAUGGCAGCUUGGUGUAUGUUCCCAUGGCCACAACAGAGGGUUGUCUAGUUGCCUCCACCAAUCGUGGGGCUCGAGCACUACUCAAGUGUGGCGUGCGCAGUCGCGUGGUCGCUGACGGGAUGACUAGAGGUCCUGUUGUACGAUUCCCCUCCAUGACUCGUGCUAGUGAGGCGAUGGCAUGGAUGCAGACUCCAGCCAACUUCCAAGUGAUGAAGGACAGUUUUGACUCGUCAAGUCGUUUCGCUCGACUGACCAAACUGCACAUUCGCAUUGCUGGGAGAUUGUUGUUCGUCAGGUUUGUCGCCACUACCGGUGACGCAAUGGGCAUGAACAUGUUGUCUAAGGGAACAGAAGUCUCCCUGAAGACAGUUCAAGAGUAUUUCCCAGAUAUGGAAGUUCUCAGUUUAAGUGGAAACUUUUGCUCUGAUAAAAAACCUGCUGCUGUGAACUGGAUCGAAGGCAGAGGCAAGUCCGUGGUGUGUGAAGCCGUGGUACCGAGCAAUAUUGUGACAUCUGUGCUGAAGACAACGGUCGCUGGGCUGAUAGACGUUAAUAACAACAAGAACCUGAUAGGCUCAGCUGUGGCAGGCAGUAUAGGUGGUUUCAACGCUCACGCAGCCAACAUCGUAACAGCCAUCUUCAUAGCUACGGGACAGGACCCAGCGCAGAAUGUCUCCAGCAGUAACUGUAUGACACUGAUGGAGCCGUGGGGAGAAGACGGCAAAGACUUGUACAUCUCAUGUACCAUGCCUUCAGUAGAGAUAGGUACAGUGGGAGGCGGCACACAGCUACCUGCUCAGGCUGCCUGUCUGGACAUGCUGGGAGUCAGAGGUCCUCACGACAGUUGCCCUGGAGAGAACGCCAACACACUAGCAAGAAUCGUCUGUGGCACAGUGUUGGCUGGUGAGCUGUCUCUUAUGUCUGCUCUCGCUGCCGGACAUCUCGUGAGAAGUCACCUCAGGCAUAACAGAUCGUCUACAACCACCCCUCCAAGCCAUCUUUCUUCGCCCAACUUAUCUUUACAAACCUCGUGCACUAGCUAGUGACUCCAGUGAUACACUUUGGUUGUGUUGUGCAGCUCAGCUCAAAAUACCUGUUUUAAACUAAGACUGUGUAAAUAUGACUUGUAAAUAAUACAAUUUGAUUAAAGUUUUAUGUAGAAUUUGUUGAAAACUGUUCAGAUGUGUAUUCCUUGUUAAACAUGUAGGGAUAUGUGUUUUGCUUGUUAGUACUGUGGCCUAAAAAGUCUUCCCCAAACAAAGAAGUUGAACUAAUUUGUAUAAAUCAUUAACUAUUUUCAAACUCAAUGUAAAAAAAAUUAUAAAAAUUUAAAGUACCGUAACAUUGGAUUUUCCAAUAUGUGUACUAAUUUAAAAAAGGUGCAUGUAUCUAUUUCACGGAUUUUCCCCAGAUUCCUUUCGGUGGACCUGUUUUUAUCUUUUUUAAUAUGAAAUAUUUUCUAAAUUGCUAUCUUAUUGUAGUGUUUAUUGUUAAAUAUUAAAACUAGUGUUUGUUUUUGUUGUUCUGUGACCAGUAUUUUAUGUAGGUUUUAGGAUUUAGUUAUAAUUUGAUAACUGUUCUCUCUUGGUAUGUCUGGAAUGUUCCAUUGUAAAAAAAUAUAUUUUUUAAACAUUUUUAUUUAGUGGUUGUAAACAAUUAUUGUUGCCAUUUUUAGAAUAACUCAGCUAGACAAUAUCAAUUUAAACGUACUGCCAAAUAACUUCAUUAGAUAGUAGAUAUGAGAAAUAGUUAACUUUUAACUUUAUUCUUGUAACAUUGUUGAUUAUAUUUUUAUAAAAUGAAUGUUUAUCAUAUUUUUUUAUAAUGCUUGAAAAUGUUAUACUUACCUACUUGAAAUUUUGCUAACAGUUUAAAAGUUAUAACAAUAUUUCGCUCAAGAUUCUUUGGUUUAAGCUUUGACUAUUAAUACAACUUCAGUAUCCAAUAGUCAAUGGUUUAAGAUUAAAUGUAACCUGCUUAAUGUUAUUUAUGUGCAGUAUCACUUCUCUAUGAUUUGAGGUGUUUGUCUUAUAUAAGAUGAUUGUAUCAGUCUUUAAGAAGAAAAUUGUGGAACUUGGUGCGAAACGUCUUCCUUCAUCUCUAAAAUUAACUUUUUGGAGAGUAAAAUGAAGUGGAAUGUUUUUUAGCGGUUCGCUCUUUGCUUAAUUCUAAGAUAAAGACAGACAUUGUUUCUCAAGAGUGGUUUUUAUUCACAGACAGUUUUUUUUUUUUAGAAUUCAUUAUCUUGUGUUUACCAGAUUAAAGUGUGCACACAUAACCAAAUAUCUGCAUUAAAACUGUAAAUUUGUUUAGUUUCUACUAUAAUCAAUGUUUUGUGAUUAAUAUAAUUUGCGUAGCAUAAAAAAUUGUCCCAGCAUAAUCCUCUUUUAGUAAGAUCAUUGUUACUGUACCAGUUAAUUUGUAUUAUACAGUAGAACCUUGCUAAUUCGAAUUUCAGAGGAGAGACAAUAUAUUUCGAAUCAAAGGAAGUCUGACAGUCUGAACUAUAGCGAGUUUGAAUUAUAGAGGUCAGAAUAAAUAAAAUUUGAAUUAUGGAGGUUCCAGUUUUAAGUGUAGGUAGAGAGUUUGAGAGAACGGAGACUAAUGAACACAUCUUGGGAACAUCAAUAAGAGCGUCAUUUCAUGUUUCAACAGGCAUAUUUUUGUCCUGAAUUCAAAUUACAGAGGCUUAUGGUAGCACAUUUUGAAUUGUAGAGGUUGACUUCAAAUUUUGGAGGUAAGGCGUAAAAAUCACUUUAAAUGGUAUAUUAUUUUUCAAAUUUUAGAGGUUUUCUGGGGGGGAGCAGACAAACAUUACUAAUUAUAGAGGUUUUCGAACUAUCGAGGUUCGAAUUAGCGAGGUUCUACUGUAGAAACUAGAAACAAAGCAAAACAUAUUUGCUAAUGUAGUUUUACCUUACUCUAAUAUUUUUUAUUGCAGUUUAUAGUGAUUGUAUUUCGCAUUAUGAUAAAAACCUCAAAGAGAUAAUUUUAAUCAUUCUCUUGAGAUUUACCCUAUCUGCAUGAAAUAAUGUAAAAAAUUAUUCACAUUUAUAAAAUCUUCUAUUAAAAUAUUAAAAUUGUUAAGUUUGAUAUAAAAACCAUGCUUUAUUGUUUGGAUCUGUGUUUCUAGUCGAUUAUAUUGUUUGAUAGUUUAUUUACGAGUAUAUUCAUCCAUUUUUAUUGUUUCAUCCUGGAAGGUACUUUUCAUUUAUUCUGUUAUUAUUUCAAUAUAAAAGUGUCUGAUGUAACAUACUUUAUCUUUAGCCAUAAUGUAAACCAAUUUUAAUUUGAAAUAACAUUUAUCUAGUUAAGCACACUUUAUAAAGACUAAUAAUGUACUUACUGAUCCGAUGUGAUUUUUUCAUUUAUUUAGAAUUAGGUCAGAAACUCAUAUGUCUCCGUUACCGAAUAACUUAACAUAAUUUGGAUCAGUAGUUGGUAGAAUAGUUUCAAAAUAAAAUGUCAUAGAGUUGUUUCAUUUAUUGCUUAGUUCAAAUAAAUGAUGUAAACAUUCA